UGGCGUCCGUAGUGACGUCACGGGUGCACAUUUUUGAAUCGUCCUGUACAGUUCAUGGUGUGAGAAUUGAGACAUAUUAAUAUCGCAUAUUUCUGCUGUCUGGAGUGAUAAAAGCCUUAAAACAGCCAUGAACGUUCAGCCUUCAAACCCUAACAACCCGAUAGUGUUUUUCGACGUGACUAUUGGAGGGCAAGAAGUAGGCAGAAUGAAGGUAGAGCUUUUUGCAGACAUUGUUCCAAAGACUGCUGAAAAUUUUCGGCAGUUCUGUACUGGUGAAUUCAAGAAGGAUGGUGUUCCUGUAGGCUAUAAAGGCUGCACAUUUCAUCGGGUGAUAAAGGACUUCAUGAUUCAGGGUGGUGAUUUUGUCAAUGGGGAUGGCACUGGUAUCUGCAGUAUCUACAGGGGACCCUUUGCAGAUGAGAACUUCAGAAUGAAACACUCUGGCCCAGGACUCUUGUCAAUGGCAAACAGUGGACCAGGAACAAAUGGCUGUCAGUUUUUUAUCACCUGUACAAAGUGCGACUGGUUGGAUGGGAAACAUGUGGUAUUUGGAAAAGUGGUGGAUGGUUUGCUUGUUAUGAGAAAAAUUGAGAAUGUACCUACAGGACCCAACAACAAGCCCAAGCUACCUAUUGUCAUUGCCCAGUGUGGAGAAAUGUGACGCAUCAGAAAGACACAUGACAUUUGCUUUAAAGACAACAAGCCAUUCUGGAUUUUGGACUAAUUAUUCAUCUUCUCCAUUACAAAACAUAAUUUUUUUUAUAGGUAAUAUUGUGGAAUCGCCUGAUUAUUUGUAAUUGUUUGUAGUUUUAUAUUAUUCAAAAUUGAGUUACACCAAAACUGAAUGUUAUGUCACGAUUUGCUUACCUGACCUCUCUUUUAUCAGUAUUUGCAAAUAUGACUAAACUUGAAAUUCAAGACCGAUGCAUGCAUUCUUUGUACAUUCUGAAGGACGAGGCUUUUAUUUGUGUCUUUAGUAAUGGCCUGUUGGGGGUUUUCUUAACCUUAAAUAAAAAUUGACUCAUGUUAUUUUUUUUUUAA